AUGGCGGAAGCUGCUGGCCUUGUCCUUGCGGUGGUUCUCGCGAUCCUCGAAAACUACGAGGAUACUGCAAAAGGCUUUCGCGCCUUCAAGGAAUACUCCUACGGAGUCAGGACGAACUUUAAGGUUCUCAAGAUUCAGGAAGUAAUCUUUCGGAAAGCCAACGAGAGGCUCCUCUGCCAUUGUGUGGACGAUGACCAUGCCAAACAGAUGCUCACAGACCGACAGCACCAGAGUUGGCAGGAUGAGCAAGUUGCUCGAGGCUAUGUCGAACGUCUCGGAGACUCGUGCAGCGCCUUUGAAGAUUCGAUAGCCCUGAUCAGCGAGGAACUGGCCUCUCUGAGGGCCACACUCAACAAGCAUGUGGCAUCAGAUGGAGAGCCCGCAGACAUGUUCAAGAAGAGAAUCAAAUAUGCCUUCCGCCAACCGCAAAUUGAAGUGUCUUUGACCGCCCUGAAGGACAAGACCCGCGACCUUGUGACCUUGGUCGAUCUGACCGAACCACAACAACUGAAAGUCAAUAAGGCGGUGCAUAGCACUGUGACGCGAAAAGAACUGGAGCGCUUUGCUCGAAUUAAGGAGACAGCCGAAGACCUCUAUCGCGCACUCGGACAUGCGUGCACAAAACAUAGCAACCAUCAGGCACAUCUAAGUCUCGAGCCUAUCUGCUCGGACACGGCACAGAUUCGCUUCACAAUUGCCUUCAGUCAGCUAAGCUUGACGGAUACCGAGAAUGACUUGAGGAGGCCUUCAGCAUCAACCUGGCUUACUGUAGAGUCAACAAUAGCUGGAAGGAUCCAGUCGACUGUCGAAGCAGGACCUUUGCUGCAAACCCAAACGAGCUUGAAGCGAGCGUUUGACGAGCAGGCAACUCUCCCCGGUCGUCAACAGAAGAAAGCAACCCGUCCGAAGAAGUGCCUUCGCUUCCAGGAACCAUCAAGUCAUAUAGAGCCACGAGCUAGCAGAACCAGGAUCCCACCUCCGUUGACCAAUCUUUACAAUAACAACAAUUUCUGCGACCAGAUCCGAAAGUUCAUUGAAGCCUCGCAGCCCAGCAGUAAUGCGGUCGGCUUCUUCGAAGUGCCCGGUGAGUCCAAGCACCUGGUCUACAUCGACUCGAAGACGCAAACUGUCAUGCAAAGUUCGACCACAUCCUCGUUCAUAGAUUUGCAGGCGGCUUUGAGAAGCGCCAAUCCAGACAGACCUAGUCCAGGGUUUGCCUUGGCUCGCAAGAUCACACUGGCACAUCAAUUGGCGAAAGCCGUCUUGCAGUUUCAUCUGACUCCGUGGCUAGAGAACUCAUGGAGUAGUCAGGAGGUACUUCUCUCGACCAAAGACGUAGCAGAAGCUGAAGCCACCGACCUCAAAGCUUUCAUCACCGCACAAAUCGUUGGACAGCGUGGGACACCAGCGCGAGCGGAGUCCAUUCCGAGCCCGAUUGUGGUUCGCAAUCGACUUUUGUUCAGCCUGGGAAUCAUGCUUCUGGAGCUGGCGUUCCACAAGCCCCUUGUGGAGUUGAUGGUCGAAGGAGACCGGGACCUCGCUUAUUCGGGAAACACAGAAUAUCUGGCAGCAGAGCGCUUGGCUCGACAAGUAUCAGCUCAUAUGGGGCCGCGCUAUGCGGAAGUUGUUCGUAAAUGCAUCCACUGCGACUUUGGCUGUGGUUUCGACAUGAAGCAGUCGAGGCUUCGAGAAGGUUACUAUCGUGACGUGGUGUGUGAGCUGGAGAAGCUUGAAAGCCGGAUGAAGUUUCUCUAG